GCUGGGGAGCAGCUGCAGCAGCAGGAGCGGAGCCGGAGCCGCGCAGCCGCCGCCGCCGCCGCCGGGGGAUGUGGCCGGCGCCUGCCCCGAGCCGCGCCGCCUCUUGAGUUCUCGCCACCGUCGCCGUCGCUGCCGUCGCCGCCGAGUCGUGCGGGGCCAGGCCGCGCCCUCCCCGGGCGCCCGCCGGCUCGCAUGCCGAGGGGCUCCGGGGCGUAGCUGCGCGCCCGGCGCCGCCUCCGGGCUCCUCCGGCCCCGCCAUGGGCUGCUGCAGCUCCGCCUCCGCCGCGCAGAGCUCCAAACGAGAAUGGAAGCCAUUGGAGGACCGUAGCUGCACAGACAUACCAUGGCUGCUGCUCUUUGUCCUCUUCUGCAUUGGGAUGGGAUGUAUUUGUGGCUUUUCAGUAGCAACAGGUGCAGCAGCCAGACUAGUGUCAGGAUACGACAGCUAUGGAAAUAUCUGUGGGCAGAGAAAUGCAAAGCUGGAAGCAAUACCAAACAGUGGCCUGGACCACACCCAUCGGAAGUAUGUGUUCUUUUUGGAUCCAUGCAAUCUGGACUUGAUAAACAGGAAGAUCAAGUCUAUAGCACUGUGUGUAGCAGCAUGUCCAAGACAAGAGUUGAGAACCUUGAGUGACGUCCAGAAGUUUGCAGAGAUCAAUGGCUCCGCACUGUGUGACUACAACAUAAAGCCUUCUGAAUACACUUUGUCUUCAAAAUCUGAGCGUUGCCCCAAACUCCCAGUCCCAGCCAGUGCACCUAUUCCAUUCUUCCAUCGCUGUGCUCCUGUGAACAUUUCCUGCUAUGCCAAGUUUGCAGAGGUCCUGAUCACCUUUGUCAGUGACAAUAGUGUCUUACACAGGCUGAUUAGUGGAGUAAUGACCAGCAAAGAAAUUAUAUUGGGACUUUGCUUGUUAUCACUAGUUCUGUCCAUGAUUUUGAUGGUGAUUAUCAGGUAUAUAUCCAGAGUGCUUGUGUGGAUCUUAACAAUUCUGGUCAUACUGGGUUCACUUGGUGGCACAGGUGUGCUGUGGUGGCUAUAUGCAAAGCAAAGAAGGUCCCUCAAAGAAAGUGUUAUUCCUGAACAGCAUCAGAUAGCCGAGAACAAUCUGCGGGCCCUCCUCAUCUAUGCCAUUUCAGCUACCGUGUUCACUGUCAUUUUGUUCCUGAUAAUGCUGGUCAUGCGCAAACGUGUUGCGCUCACCAUCGCCUUGUUCCACGUGGCUGGCAAGGUCUUCAUACACUUGCCACUGCUAGUCUUCCAGCCCUUCUGGACUUUUUUUGCUCUUGUCUUAUUUUGGGCAUACUGGAUAAUGACACUUCUUUUCCUUGGCACUACCGGCAGCGCUAUUCUGAACGAAGAAGGUUUUGUGGAGUACAGAAUCUCUGGGCCUUUGCAGUACAUGCGGUGGUACCAUGUGGUUGGCCUGAUUUGGAUCAGUGAAUUCAUUCUUGCAUGUCAGCAGAUGACUGUGGCAGGGGCUGUGGUGACAUACUAUUUUACUAGGGAUAAAAGGAAUUUACCAUUCACACCUAUUCUGGCAUCAGUGAACCGCCUUAUCCGUUACCACCUUGGUACCGUGGCAAAAGGAUCCUUCAUUAUCACCCUAGUCAAAAUCCCGAGGAUGAUCCUAAUGUAUAUCCACAGUCAGCUCAAAGGAAAGGAAAAUGCUUGUGCACGAUGUAUGCUGAAAUCCUGCAUUUGCUGCCUUUGGUGUCUUGAAAAGUGCCUCAAUUACUUAAAUCAGAAUGCAUACACAGCCACAGCUAUCAAUAGCACCAACUUCUGCACCUCAGCAAAGGAUGCCUUUGUCAUUCUAGUGGAGAAUGCUUUGCGAGUGGCUGCCAUCAACACGGUGGGGGACUUCAUGUUAUUCCUAGGCAAGGUGCUGAUAGUCUGCAGCACGGGUUUGGCUGGGAUUAUGCUGCUCAACUACCAGCAAGAUUACACAGUAUGGGUGCCGCCUCUGAUCAUCGUCUGCCUCUUUGCUUUCCUAGUCGCUCAUUGCUUCCUGUCCAUUUACGAAAUGGUAGUGGAUGUAUUGUUCUUGUGUUUUGCCAUUGAUACAAAAUACAAUGAUGGGAGCCCUGGCCGGGAAUUCUAUAUGGAUAAAGUGCUGAUGGAAUUUGUGGAAAACAGUAGGAAAGCGAUGAAAGAAGCCGGGAAGGGCGGCGUCGCGGAUGCCAGAGAACUAAAGCCGAUGGCUUCGGGAGCAAGUUCUGCUUGAACGUAGCCGGCGGUUAUGGACCCCAUUGACAUUCCAAAACAAUAUAUACACAUAACUAUGUAUUUGUGUGUGUGGGUGUGUGUAUAUAUGUAUAUGUAUGUGUGUAUAUAUAUGUAUAUGUAUAUAUACACACACACACAUAAUCAGCCAAAAUCAGAGAAAAGGAACAGGGAUUUAAUACCUUUUUUAUGCUUAUUUUUGUCAAACAUGUACUCCUUUCAUACGGGUGGCUUUUACAAGGCAACUUCCGUCGUUUAAUGUUUUCAAUUGUAAUUGUCUUAAUGGAAAUGUUAGAUUCAUAUCUGAUUGACAUUUUUAAUAACUAGAGGAGAUUUUAACUUUAGUUACUUAAACUAGGUAAAAUUAUUGUACCAAAUUCUUGUGUAAGUUUUUGCAGGGAUGAUUUCCCUGGUGUACGUUUCAAAUCAGCAUCUUAUUUUACUGAUGCCUAAGUCCUAGUACGUCAGACUAGGCGUGUGCGUUCAGACAAAUAGGAGAUUUCUCCAAUCUGUUUCCCCCAAUCAAACAAGCCAUGUCAUUUUACUUUGAGACGCAUAUGAGUGGGCCCAUUAUGGGGAAUUUCAUAAUAGCUCAUGCAUUUGUCAGCUGGACAUUCAAAAGUAACCAACUCCUCAGGUAUUUGUAGUUUACCCUAAUGCUUCUAGAGAAGAAAGUAGGAGACCUAGAGAAAGAAAGGGGUAGAUAAUCUUUAUUAUGCAAACUUUUUUCCUGUAUUUUGUCUCUUUCCUUUUUGACUUCUAGUAGCAUCCACCACACAUCCGUGUGCCUGAUUUAAAGGAAGCUGGGGCACCCAGCCCGUUUAGCCUUUCCGUUUCUGUGUAUUGAUUUUCAGCUUAGGUGAUUCUAGAAGGCGUAAGAGAGAAACAUGAAGCACGAAGCAUUGGGAAUUCCAGUGCUUUUGCUCUUGUUUCAGAGACAAGUCAGGAGCUUAGGGUUCAACGGCCAUCUGUUCAAAUGCUCGCUAUCAAAUCUGAACACACUGGCAGGUGCUCCCCUCCUUGGUCAUCCAUUUUGAGUAUCCAGAGUUCUACAAUGUUUAACUGAAGAAUUGGUUAGUGUUAAUCUUCAAGUGUGAAUGUUCUUUAUGUUUGGGGGUACGUUUGGGUUUUUUUUGUUUUGUUUUGUUUUGCUGGGGUUUUUUUAAUUCCUAAAGCUUACCAGAUAUGAAUGGCUAAUAUUCCAUUGUUCUGCUUAUUGUAAUGGUGAAUGCUUUAAGAAAAAAAAGUGUAAUUUGCUAAGAAUAAUUCAUGAUCUGUUUAUGCGAUAACUCCUUUUUGUUACAAUUUUUUUAAAAAAAGCUAUUUUUGUUAAUGUAAAGUAAAUAUUUCAGAGCAAAUUUUUUAAACUUAUUGCACUAAAUACAGGCUCUGUUUAAAAAAGAAAAAGCCUCAGCAUUUAUCAUUCCAUGGAAAGAAAAUCUUUUGAAAGAAAGCAUUGCCUAUCAGAACUAGACAGUGAAUUAGACUGGUGUUAUGGAAUUGCACACGGUGUCCCGAGGGCUCAGUAAGCAGCUGUUUGCUAAUGUGCUUCCUUUCAAAGGGUUGGACCUUUAAAUUGCUGCAAAAGGUAAAUUGUAUUUUCUUUUUUAAGUACUGGUGUUCUUUAAUCUAGCUAGGCUAAAUUUCGCUAAAUGCCUUGGUUUCUUUUCAAGCUCAUGAAUAUUUCUGAACCUUCAGAGUAUUUGCAAUAAGAGUCUGGAUUAAAAUGACAACAAACCACACACACACACAUACAGUUAAGAGUUCAUGUCUAAGCAGGAUCCGGGAAACCAGUGUUGAAAGCAUAGCUGUUGUGAAAUAACAAUUCGCCAGAAAUUAACAUCUAACAUCUAGUGUUGCCAAAUAGUGUCACUGUACUUUUAUAUCAUUUGAAAUGGAAUUUAAUUAUGUAACUAACAACUGUCCUACUAGGUGAGAGAGAAAAAUCAGAGUACCAUGUGACUCAUAGCCACCCCGAUUUUGGACAUUCAGAAACAUUGGGAACUAAGGUUAGAAUGGGCCAAAGCCUGGAAGAUGGGUCUCCCACCGGAAGACAUUCCAGGAGCUAGCCAUUUUAGGAGGUGUCCCUCCAAAGUGACCUGAUGAUGGACUUGAGCUUGGGAAUCAGGUUCUGCUCACUUGGACAUCCCUGCAUCAUGGACUCUUGCUGCCCCUGUUCCAUGUGCUCGCAAUUCCAGCUACUGGAAACCACCAGGAAUGCUUUCUAAUUAUCAUUUGCAACUAGAACUGUAAUCAGAAAAGAAAAUUUGUAUUUUUGUAUAACUUGAUUGUGUGCCAUUUUAUAUAACAGGUCCUGUUUUACAAAUAAAUUUUGUUUUACUAACAU